AGGGCCGCGGAGCGCUCGGGGGCGCUGAUUGAAGCCGCUGCGCCAGGAGACCCGCCUGCGUCGGCGGCCGCUGGCAUAAGAAGCGGGCGGCCGGGAUCGCGCCAGCACAGGGCGUCCGCGGUCCACUUGGAGCGGAGCCACUCGCGUCCUGCGACCCUGCUGCACUCAGCCAGAGACGCACGGACCAGAGCGCACUCCGAUCCGGGCGCACGGAGCCGGGCGCGCUCGGACCAGGGCCCAUUGGGACCCGGGUACACGGACAAGGGCGCGUUGCGACCCAGGCGUACACGGACCUCGGAGCACUGGGACCUGGGCACCCUCGAACCAGGGCUCACUAGGACCCAGGCACACGCAGAUCCCGGCGCACUGGGACCUAGGCGCACUGGGACCUAGGCGCACUCCAACCCGAGCGCACUCCAACCCAGGCGCACGACCCAGCCGGGCCGACGGCGCUGGAGUCCUUGCAGGCGCAGGUGGCGGCGCGAACCCAGGCCCAAAGCCAGGGCAGAGGAGAAAGUUGCGUGGGGAGGCCUCGUGGCCCAGAGGAGCUGGAGACCCGUGCACCCUCUGUCCCCCGCAUCCGGGCCAUGCGCGCGCCCGGGCGGGCCCUGCUCCUCGGGCUGCUGCUUGUGCUGGGUACGGCUGGCCCGGGGAGUGGACGCGCGCAACCCAAGAGCUCACUCGACCGAGGGUCGCUGUUGCGUCUGCUGCUGGACGACCUGGCCCAGGAGCUGCGAGAGUUGCCCCCGAACGAGGCCAAGCGGCUGCAACUGCUUAGCCACCCUGAUAUCGUCCUGGGCUGCGGGGCGGAAACGGACUUCGGGACGGACGGGGAGGAGCAGAGUGUGGCCUUUCCCAAGCACCCAGAAAUCGUCCCUCGAGAUCUCAGAAUGAAGGACAGGUUUUUGAAGCAUCUCACAGGUCCUCUCUACUUCAGCCCCCAGUGCAGAAAACACUUCCACAGGCUGUACCAUAACACCAGGGACUGCACCAUCCCAGCAUACUAUAAAAGAUGUGCGAGGCUUCUUACCCGGCUGGCCUUCAGUGCCGAGUGCACGGAGGGGUAAGCUGUGAAGGAGAAUCACACCAGGAACCCUGAGAAGUGCCUUGGAUCACCGGGAGACAGGACUCUCUUCACGCCCAUUCCCUGGGGACAGAGAUUUAUUUUUGCAGACAGACACCUCCAAAAUUCCUUUGAAUUUGUAUGUUGUUGACACUGUUUGCAGAUAAAUAUUCAAUGAGCA